GUGUUGGUACUUAGGCUUUUGACUGCCAGUUAAAAAGUGUCUUAGUUUUUGACGUGCUGCAAAGGUUUUUUUUUUUCAAGUAAUAUGGCAAUAUUGGUUGUAUUGCCUUGCUUGUUUGGUAAAAUCUUAUGCCUUAAGUGGUAAAUUUAAUGUAGGUUAUAUUGUAUACAACGUACACAUUUCGCCAUAGAAUCAGUGGAGUACUGCAGUAGGCCUAUUGACUCAUCCUCCAACUUUCAACAGGAAGCACGGGAAUGCUGUGGAGAAGACACAAACAAUAUCCAGUAGUUACUGUAGUGGACCUGAGGAAAACAAAUUAUGCAAAAUCACAAUCACCAGAUAUGAUUAUUUACCAAGUUGACCAAUUUAAGCAAAAGUCUCCAGGUCCUGAUGCGGCAGUUUUUCAUGGGUUCUUAAAGAAUUUUAAAUGGAGUUUAGUGAGAUCCUAACUAGUCUUUUCGUUAUGUCUGCAGACGUGAGUUGUGCCUAAUAUGUGGAAAGCUAAUGUGAUCCCUAUCUACAAAAUGGGUUACCUGGAGGUUAUUUCAGGGAUCAACGCCCCCGCGGCCCGGUCCAUGACCAGGCCUCCCGAUGGAUCAUGGCCUGAUCAACUAGGCUGUUACUGCUGGCCGCACGCAGUCCAACGCACGAGCCACAGCCCGGCUGAUCCGUCACUGACUUUAGAAAACUGUAUCAUUCUGAAUUGAGUAUGGGAUGCCGGACACAUGAUACAUAAAAAGAAAGAGAGAAACUUUUGCUACACAAAAUGAGAAAAGAGAUCCUCCUAUGGGGAGUGGUAUUACUAACAGGAAGAGGAGCCAGUUUAGAGAAAACAACUCGGUAGCUGUCAGUUAUCAAAAUGGAAGAUUCCCACCUUGAUGCUGUUGAGGCAGAGGUGGUUAUCUUGAAGAGUGCAUACAAUGAACAAUUUUUUGAUUUGAGAAAAAAUGAUCCAUGGAAAGUAUCUCGACCACCGGAGGUACAAAUCAUUCUUGGCCCCAACCAUUCUGAGGGAGGCAGACUUCACUCGCAUGUCAAUGUUGUCUUGAAAAUAAAAACAUCUGAGAAAUAUCCACAUAAACCACCUAAAGUGAUAUUGGAGUCGCACAGUGGCAUUUCAGAUAAAGAAGCAGAUGACCUGAUUCUUCGACUUGAGAGAAAAGCUCAUGAAUUUGCACAAAAGGGAGAGGUGGUUAUGCUGAAUCUUUGUUGUGAUACCCAAGACUUCCUUAGUGAACAUGCUAGACCUUAUACAGACUCUAUCUAUGAUGAGAUGGUCGCUGAGCAGGAGUCUCGUAGAAAAGCAGAUGAAGAAGCAAGAAAAGAAGUACAAAGGCAGCAAGAGAUACAGGAAGAAAACAAUCGUAUUAUCAUGAAAGAGGAAAUGGCUAGGGUAAGGGAGGAAUUAAAGGCAGAAGAAAAGCUGAGGCGAGAGCAAAAAUUUCGACCAUCUUUUUUGACGGAUGACAGGUCACAAGGAUUUGAUAUGUCGGAUUCUCCAAGUCAUAGGUGGGUGAAAAGUCGAUCAUUAUCUGAAUGUAGCAGUGAUCAUAGAUCAAUAGAACUUUCUGGGAAUACUGAAGUACACUUUUCCCAAGCUGGAAAGCAAGAACAUGCUGUGGUGCUUGAAAGGUUUAUAGGGGAGCGUAAAAUUCAAGGUUGCCAUGUACUAGAAGCACGAGAUAAAGUGUCUAUGGAUAGGAGUAUCGUCUACCAGUGGAAUAUUAGACCAAAACGAACUGGAAGAAAAGGAAAUCACAUGAAAGUUGGACAAGAAAAUCAGAUUGAAGAAUUGCUUGGAAAAUUUUCUGCCUUGGAGAAAGAAAUGAGUUCGUUAUUACGUCUCUCUCAUAGGAAUUUAGUCCAUUACUUGGGAAUGCGAGUCAUUAAUCGUCUGAAUGAAGGUAUUUCUGUGUAUGUUUUACAAAAGUAUGUGCAGGGCCUGCCUGUCAAGUACUACUUGGAUCUCAACAUACCCAUACAUCUACCUCUCAUCAAGCACAUCACAGAAGGAACACUUGAGGCCCUAAAUUAUUUGCAUCAAAACAAUGUUGUACAUAGAGACCUCAGGGACUCCUGUAUAUUUUUGGAUGCUCACUCUCAUCAGGUUAAGGUAGCAGAUUAUGGAGUGGAGAGAAGGAUAGUUGAAGUUGUGGUAGAAUUCAUUGAUGUGGAAUUUCCACCAGUCUAUCCGCUAUCCCCGGGACGAGGCGGCAAGAAGAAUGAUGUGUAUCGCCUUGGUCUUAUUGUCCUCUCACUUUUCCUUGGCCAACGAGUUCAGCAGAUUGUACCAACUUUACCAUCCACCCUUAGCUCAGAAUUAAAAGACUUCGUUCAGCGAUGCUUGGAAGUUAAUGAACAGCAAAGAUGGACAGCAGAGCGUCUCUUGACUCAUUCAUUUAUUCAUAGUUCAACAGAAGAAAAAGAACUGUCUCCAGACAAAGAAAAAAGAAAUGAGACUUCUCCAAGCAACACUGAAUCUCAAGCAGAGGAUGAAGAUGAAUGCUCGGGAGCAGGUGACCAUUUAUUCUCGGAGGUCUCUCUUCAUCUUCCCUCCAACCUUAAAGGGCAUUCAAGAUUAACAAGUGAAUAUGAUGUUCUUGAAUUGCUAGGCAGAGGGGGAUUUGGUCAUGUGUUUAAGGUUCGUAACAAAGUUGAUGAUCGAAUUUAUGCCUUGAAGAGAAUAUGUCUCGAUCAACAGACUGAAAAACUUAGGAAGAAAAUUAAUCGUGAAGUGAAACUCCUCUCCUCUCUCAAUCAUGAAAAUGUUGUUCGCUAUUACACUUCUUGGAUUGAUGAGUUUACACAGGAUGUUGAAGAGUGCCCAAGUGUAAAAGAUGAAGAAACUGAUUCAACAGCUUCACCAGGCAUAGAAAUCUCUGCUGGCUCACAAGUGCAUCCCUCAAGUUCUAGUGAAAGUUUAACCAAGUCCAAUGAAGAGCGGCAUGAACAGUCAGGUCAGCAAGAUGAAUCUGAAUGGAGUAUCAUAUUUAAUACCACUUCAAAUCAUCCUGGCUUCACCACAUCAACAGACUUUGUUGAAGAGAGUGAGGAUGAUGAUGAUGACUGGCUAAUGGGUAGUCUCAGGCCAUUGAUGAAGGAAGAGGAUGAAGAUUCAGAUGACAUCGAAUUUUAUAAGACACAGUGUAUAGAAGAUCAGACUGACAGUGUUUUUGACAAUAAUGAUGCAGAACACAUGGUGGCUCCCUCUACCAAACAGAAAAAGUUGCAGUUCCUCUAUAUCCAGAUGCAACUUUGUGAGAAUAAUACUUUAAGACAAGCAAUUAAUAACAGUGGCCUGCAUCUAGACUAUGACCGUAUGUGGCGAUUAUUUCGAGAGAUUGUUAAUGGUUUGGACUACAUUCAUUCACAAGGCCUUAUUCAUCGUGAUCUCAAGCCAGGAAAUAUAUUUAUUGACUCAGCUGAUCAUGUUAAAAUUGGUGAUUUUGGUCUUGCAACUGCAGCUAUCAAGGCAAAGACAACAGGGGGCCUGAUUACAAAGGGAGAUGUUGAAGAAAGUAGUGCUUUGACAGGUCAGGUUGGCACUACAUUUUAUAUUGCCCCUGAAAUCACCAAAGCAAUAGGGAAAGUUAGUUAUACAAGUAAAGUGGACAUCUAUAGCCUUGGAGUCAUUUUCUUUGAAAUGGUAUAUCCUCCUCUCACAACUGGUAUGGAAAGAGUCAAGGUUCUCUCUGAUCUUAGGAAACCAGAAAUCAAAUUUCCUAAUGAUUUUCCUAAGAUGAAAAAUACCUCAUGUACUGAGCUGAUUUCUUGGUUACUUCAUCAGGAUCCACAUUUAAGACCAAGUACUACUGAGAUCUUAAAAUCAUCCCUUUUGCCACCCCCUACAGCUGAAGAAAAGAAGUUUGUAGAAACACUUGAAACCAGGUUGCAAAAUAUUAGGUCAUCCAAAUAUCAAGAGAUCCUUAACUUGGUAUUCAAACCCUCAGCUCGACCAGAAUUGGAAGCAACAUUUGAGAUGAAUCAUAAAGCUUCUUCAAAGUACUGGCAUUAUUGGAACUUUGAUUAUUUGCAGGCACUAUUUGUGUCAAUAUUUAAAGCCCAUGGGGGAAUAUGGGUACCAACUUCCUUCUACAUACCUAAAGGAUCAUUUUACAAUGACAAAGAGAACUUGGUGUGUCUCAUGGCACAUAAAGGAGAGCUUGUGUCUGCACAAUAUGACUUAAGAUAUCCCUUUGCCCGAUUUGUUGCUCGCAAUGAAAUCAAGUUUAUGAGAAGGUACUGUAUUGAUCGUGUUCAGCGUGCUUAUAAGGUAUCUGGAAUCCAUCCUAAAGAGUCAUAUGAAUGUGCAUUUGAUAUUGUGUCUUCAAAAAGAGACCUACCAGAAUCUUCAGCAAGAGUUAUGCUUGUUGCACAUGAUAUAAUACAACAAAUAAUCCAAAGAAGCAGUGAAUAUGUUUACAUCUGUGUGGGUCACUUGGAUCUAGUUCAAGUAAUCCUUAAUUACUGUGGAAUUGAGGAAAAACUGUAUCCAGAAGUCUUUUCACUACUUAAGGAAUUCAAUAACAAGCGGAUGACAGUUGAAAACUUUAUUGAUUUCCUUUGUGACAUUGGAAUUGCAAAAUCUUCAGCUGAGUCACUGAAAGGAUUUCUAUACAUGGAAGGCCCUUUAGAAGAUGUUAUAACAAGUCUCCAAAACAAAGGGUUAAGUUAUCGUCGUAAGAAUCUUGCAGCAGCUGUUAAACAUGUUCUGAAUGAUCUCUCAGAGAUUAAGGAAGCUUCGACUGUUAUUGGUAUUAAGUUUGAUAUCAAGCUACGCCCUCUGAUGGUAGCAGAUGCCCAUCUGUAUUCUGGAUUUAUGUGUCAGUUUUUGAUGAAUAUGCCCAAGAAGAUGGGCAAUAAUCAAGACCUUCUAGCUCAAGGGGGCUCUUAUGAAUACCUGAUACUUCAGCACAGGAGAAAACUGCUAUCUACAGAGAAGAAUGCAGAAUUGCCUGCUGCUGUAGGAGUGAGUCUUUUUUUGGAGAAGUUUGACUGUUGUAUUGCGGAAGUGAUCAAGCUUAUGGCUACUGGUCAGAGAGAUAUUGACCAGGUUGUGGCUGGUCUUGGUUGUGGAUCUGGGGUGAUCAGUGUGCUGGUGUGUGCAAUAGGAGGGAAACAGCUGGAAGACCGCAUCAACAUAGUCAGACAACUUAGAGCAGCAAAAAUCACAGCUGAUCAUUGCCACUGUUUGAACCAAAAGGAAGCAGAAACGGUAUUGGAGGACUUGCGUGCCUCAAACUUGGUAAUGCUGACCAGCUCAGAUAAAGCAGAUAUUAGGAUACGUAGUGACCCUACAGGCCGCACCCUGGAAAGGAAGAUCCUAUUAGAAAAAGUACCCGAGUUUAUUUUAAAGAAUAUGGGAGUAGCUGAUGCAGGGCCAUCAAGUAACUUUUCACGGUCUGACUCCAAAACUACAGGUGUUAACCAAGAAGAUUACCAACUAAACAUUCAAUACAUAACAAAGAAGCAAGCCAAAUGUAAAGAUGCUGCCAAGUGGAGAGAUGUUCCCAAGGUGGAUCAGCAGAUCAAUAAAGAUGUGCUGAUGGCUCUCACCUCUCGUUGGCCAAGCCUUGGACCAAACACAACUGUAGAAGUCUUGGCAGUAGAACUUGACAAGAAAGCUGUACUAGCGCUUGGGGCCUUGGAUACAGACACCACUGCCAAGAGUUUUAAUGAAACUGUCAGUGAUAUAAAAGCUUUAUUUCCAGAGCAAAAGGACUACAUCGAGGAAAUCUGCAAAUUGCUCCACCGCAAAAUAUUUCCCAGGAAGAAGAUUGAUCGUGGUCCUCUUAUUUUCUACAGUCUAUCAUCCAAUAUUUGUAAAAGGAUUAUUUAAAGAGUUAUGUGAUUUUUUGUAAAAGGUGUACUAUUUUCUAUUAUACAAAGUGCUUUUAUUCACUGACACUGCAGUUUAACAAUACAAGACUUUGUAUUCAUUUUCCCCCUCCCUGCCAUUAGUAAAUAAAAUUAUGUAUGAAUAAGUGUGUUCAUCAAGCAAAGCGAACAACUGUGAUUUUUUUUUCAUGCUAGUUCAAAACUGACUUUAUCCCACCAUUUUUUCUGAACAUGUCAGCUACCUCCCACUAAAGUAGGAUGAUCCAAAAUAAUAAUAUAAUCAGACUAAGUACUAAACCUGAGAUGACCCAAAAGAGCAAACACAUUCACCAUCAUUCAUUCAACAGCUGUGCCAAAAGUGCAGACACCACAGUUGAAAUUACCCUCCAAACUACAUCAUCCCCACCCCUUCUUCCGAGUGUAGGCACUGUACUUCCUACCCAGGGAAGUUACCAAGGGAAGAAGUAAUAAUAAUAACAUUGCUUUGAAACAGGUGUCCUAGCCCCCUCCCUCCAACCAGAUAGCCAUCCCCAAGCCCCUCCCACAACUAUGUAAAUUCUGGUGCCACUCCUGUUUUCACCUCCAGGACUCUAGGCUAGCUAACUGGUUUUUCCUGAAUCCCUUGAUGUUACCUUGCUUACACUCCAACAGAAAGUCCAGCCAUAAAGAAUUUUUGUUUCCACUCCAAUCUAAAACACACAAACAAGUCAGCUGAAUGCUCAAGCCUUUAACAAUCAUUAUUAUUAUAAUCAAAAAAGAAGCGCUAAGCCACAAGGACUAUACAGCCUUUAACAAUCAAAACCUCCUUUACCUCUACCUUCCUUCCCUCCAACCUGAUAUUUAUACACCCUCUUGGUCAUUCUGUUUUUCUCCAUUCUCUCUCAAUAUCCAAACCACCUCAGUAACCCCUUUUCAUCCCUCUAAAUUAUAUCUUUGGUAACUACACCAUCGACUAAUUUCUAUGCUUCGAAUUCUGCAUAAUGCUCACACCAAACAUUGCUCUCAAAAACACCUCCACUACCUCUAGCUUCCUCACUACAGUAAUGUUUAGAACCCAUACCUCACCCACAUAAAAAUGUUGGUAUCACUAUACUCUUACAUUUUCCCUCCAUAACUUUUCACAGAUGCCUCAGCAUACAUUAGAACUGAUAAGAUGAAAGAGGUAGGUAAAGUUAACUUUUUCAUACUCAUCUGCCAAAAUGUCCUUUCCCAAAUAUCUAAAUACAAUCACUUUCUCCAUUCUUCCUCCCUCCAAUAUAUAUAAUAUUUCAUUGCUUAGAUUUUUUGUUCUCAUCACCUUGCUCUUUUCUAUGUUCUCUUUCAGUUUCCUUGUACAGUGGAACCUUGACUUACGAGUUUAAUCCGUUCCGUGACCUAGCGCGUAACUCAAUUUACUCGUAUAUCUAAAGUAAAAGGACACAAGUGCAACUAAUGUGACAUUUUAUUGUGGCAACGUUUCGCUCUCCAGGAGCUUUGUCAAGCCGUUACAAACAGUACAUGGACACAGAGGGUAUAUAUAGGCUCAGAGUGAGGUGCAAUACUAGAGGUAGUAGUAGUAGUGACAUAAGUUGUAGUAGUAGUAGUAAUACAAUAGGGUAGAGCAAUUAACUCAUACAUGAGUAAAAGGAUAUAAAAGCUAUUACUUGGGUAACAUAAAAAUAGGUUAGACAAAUAUAGACUGGAAGGCCUGUUUCAGUGUUCACUCUCUGUAAUGUGCUUUGUGUAGUAUUAAGAGGAGAGACUAUGUGACGGCAGGGUUUACUGUUUUCAGGAGGAUUCUUGCUAAGACUUCAGAGAUGGUGAAGCUGCCUUUGUUUUUAUUUGUAUUCGAAACAGCGAUUAGUGCGAAACGUUGCCACAAUAAAAUGUCACAUUAGUUGCACUUGUGUCCUUUUACUUUACAUAUUGUCGGUAAUUCUACCAACAUUAUUACUCGUAUAUCAAAUCAAUUUUCCUCAUUUAAAUUAAUUGAAAAGUCAUUAAUCCAUUCCUGCACUCUGGAGAGAAGACAAAAUACUUGAAUAUAAUGCUAAUAUCAAAUGUACGGCUUAUCUAUCACAAUGCAUCUACUAUUAUGACAUAAUAAACAAUAUAAUUAACAGAAACAUGAUAUAUACUCAAGAAUGAAUAAAAUAGGCCAUAAUAUUGGUGGCAGAGGCAGCGGCGGAAGCAUCCACCAUUGCCUGAAACUUUGACUAUAGUAUCUUCCCAUGCUCUUAUUGUAAGAGAAAACGGAGUAUUUGUGAGGCUAACUGCAGAAAUACCGUAUAAUAAACAUAAAUCAUAAUACACUACAGAAUGUAAAGAAAUAUUAAACUGAUUAUAUGAAGUGUAUUUACACACUUGGAGCAGAAAUAGUGGUGGAGGUGGGGGAUGUUGAGGCCGUGGCGUAUGAUGUCAGUGGCCCUGUAAACCUCCAACAACAACAUUGUUUAAUCACUGAACUUAAGUGAUACAAUUUGUUUUGUUUAAUCACUGAACAUAAUUGAUACACCUUUAGUAUCUACAUAUCAUAGAUGUACUAAGCUGGUAUUGCAUGGCUAAGUCCGUGGAAAUCAUCGUCUUUUUCUUCUCAGCACUGUCCUUUGCAGUUAUUUUCUUAGGACCCAUGGUUAGAAAAAGAAAUUUGGCCAAAUGACUAAAAAAAUGCAAGCAAGCAUGAGAGAGAGGCUCCCAGAGCAAUGUAAACAUGUGCACUGCUUACCGGAUAUUUUGACAUCAGCUGUGCCAACUAGCGGCAGCAUUCUGAAUUAUUAUUAUGUAUGUAUUUUUAUUAUUAUUAUUAUUAUUAAUUUAGGGAACUGGAGCACAGAUCCAAUUCCCUAGAUCAAGAGCCCCUCACCAGCAUCAAGGAACCUUGAAGCUGGUGAGGGGCUCUUGAUCUAGGGAAUUGGAUUUGUGCAGUAGUUACCUCAAUUAAUUAAUAAUAAUACUACUAUACUAUUACCACAGUACUACUAAUAAUAAUAAUUAUUAUUAUUAAAAUGAUAACGAAUGCUGCCAACUCAGUGCACUGUUUACCUCACCGUGGGAGCAGUUCUCUCAUGCUCUGCUUACAUUUUUGACAGUCAUUUGGCCAAAUUUUGUUUUCCUAAGCAUGGGUUCUAAGAAAAUAAGUGUAAAGGACAGUGCUGAGAAGAAAAAGAUGAUGAUUUCCAUAGAAUUAAAGCAUGAAAUCAUAGAUAAAUAAGCGAGGUGUCCAGGUUUUGGGUUGAUGGGGAAGCAGGGGGAGCUGGCUCUUAACUCAAAUGUUGGCACAUAACUCAGAGCAAAAAAUCGACCCAGGGAUGGCUCGUAUCUCAAAAAACUCAUAGGUUGGGACACUUGUAAGUCAAGGUUCUACUGUAUAUACCCUCCUAAAUUCAUCCACCAAACUUUGCAACCUCAGAAUCUCCCAAAAGAAUUGUGUCAUUGUUAGAGAGCAACUGUGACAACACUAUUAGUCAUUACCGGUAUCUUUUAAACCCACCCCUCCCAACAUCCUAGCAUUCAACUCUUUUUAUAACCCCCAUGUUUAAGAAUGUUAAAUAUUAUAUUAUGGUAUUCCUCUCUGUCCAGUGCAUGAAAUUACUGCCUUCCCUCCUUCAUCAACAUUUAAUGGCUCCUGAAAAUAUUCUCAUCUUCCUAAUCCCUCUAGUUCAACAUUCAAUUUACCCCAUGUUUUCUCAACUCAAACCCUGAACUUUACACACCCUUAACCUUUCCACAUUCUUCUUUUGCACAUCCCUCCCCUCAGUGCUGUAUGAUCCUUAAGGGCUUAACACUUAAUUUGAUCAUAAAAAUUUAUCAUCCGAGUCUCCCUCCAAAAUUGGUUUUUAUUCUCAGUAAAAUUAGCGGGUAAGGCCUCACCUAUUCUUUCACUGACUCUUCUUUUGCACUCACCACUCUUUUAGUCUCUCCUUUCUCACUCUAUAUACCACUUCUGCACUACAAAAUCCUACUGAAUGCUAACUUUCUCCAUUACCACCCCCUUUUUUUUCUCAUCAUUCCACCAAUCCUCUCACCCACACCCACCCUUGUAUAUCUGCAAACUUCUGUUAUGUAGUUAAGCACUCCAUUCUUCGAGCUACCCCAUGCUUCUUUAACCUUCAUUUCAUUACCGUUACUCUCUCAAGUCCACCUUUUUCCCAAUUAGUUGCUUAUAUCUUACCCCUGUUACUUUGUACUUCAUUUACUUCUUACUCUCCACUUAAUAAUGAUCUGACAUAUCUCCCCAUUUUAAAAACAUGCACAUCCAGAUAAUUCAAUUAGAGGGUCCUCUGGAACUCAUGACUUACCUAUACCAUUAUUAUUACAUUCAAGGGGGAGCACUAAACCUGUUGGGGUCAUACAGAGAUGGGGGAUGGAAAGGGAGGGUAGUUCCAAUUCUUUUCAUCAAGAGACCUUCACCAGUAUCAAAGUGGCUCCCUUGGAGGGAGGAAAGUCAGACUUACUGUCAACAUGUCUAUAAUAAUUAUUUUGUAUCAGUUUUUACCAUUCAUAAGUAUUAACACUGACUUUCACUACUGUUCAGUGUGUUAAGUAUUAAGAUAAAAAUGGACCCUAAAAGACAAAGGAAAUUAAGGAAAAACAUUCAGAAGUGCAUUAAAAAGCAUGUAGUUGAAGAGAUAAGUAGGUAGAGAAGUAAAUUACUAUAACCAAAACCAAGCACUAAACCCACAAGGGUCAUACAGCACUGGACUCUAGAAGCAUAAUGUGUGAUGAGACCAAUUAGUGGCCAUCUCAAUGCUAAUACAGCCUUAUAGUGUAUAAAAUACACUGAUUAACUGAUGGCAGUUUGAGUUCAAUAACUACAACUGAAUAAACAUAUGAAUGGAAUAAGGGGUGCUUUGUGCAUGAAAUGCUCCAUUUUUUAAAAGGAAAAAUAUAAAUUAAUAAGUAUGAAAUUGUGGUGAUUAUAUAUUUACAGUUAGAGAAAGAGAUAUAUGUUUGUAGUGUCUCAUCUUUUGUGUUUAAUAUUAGUUUUUUAAAAAUGCUAUUGGUUGUAGCACAUAAUACCUUCUGUAUCUCAGCUCAUAUUCUAGCACUCCAUGAAAAACUUAAUAUAUCACUAGAGGUAACCUUUUUGGACCAUAUUCUAAAUUUGCAACAGUGAUUCCUUGUUCUCUCUGUUGGUGCUAAAAAAAAAAUGUUAUUAUAGUGGAACCUUGAGUUUUGGCCAUAAUCCGUUCCAGAAGCUCGGCCGAAUCUCAAAUUGUUUAAAAGUCAAAGCAAUAUUUUCAUAAGAAAUAAUGUAAAUACAAUUAAUCCAUUCCAGAUGUCCCCCCCCCCCCAAAAAAAAAAAAAAAUAAAAUAAAAUAAAAUACAUUUUUUAAAGAAUAUGAUUUUACAAACACAAAACAAUUAUAAAUACUUUUUUUUUUUAACAAGUCGGCCGUCUCCCACCGAGGCAGGGUGACCCAAAAAGAAAGAAAAUCCCCCAAAAGAAAAUACUUUCAUUAUCAUUCAACACUUUCACCUCACUCACACAUAAUCGCUUUUUUGCAGAGGUGCUCAGAAUACAACAGUUUAGAAGCAUAUACGUAUAAAGAUACACAACAUAUCCCUCCAAACUGCCAAUAUCCCAAACCCCUCCUUUAACCCUUUCAGGGUUUCGGCCAUACUAGUACGGCUUACGCACCAGUGUCCAUGACGUACUAGUAUGCAUAAAUUCUAGCGCCUUCAAAUCUAGUGAGAGAAAGCUGGUAAGCCUACAUAUGAAAGAAUGGGUCUAUGUGGUCAGUGUGAGCAGUAUAAAAAAAAUCCUGCAGCACACAGUGCGUAAUGAGAAAAAAAAAAUCUUUGACUGUGUUUUUGGAUUAAAACAGUGACUUUGCACUAUAUUUUCGCAUGGUAUUUAUUGUUGUAUUCUAGUUUUCCUGGUCUCAUUGUAUAGAAUGGAAGACAUAUUAGAGAAAUUGAGAUGAUUUUGACUGGUUUUACAAUGAAAAGUACCUUGAAAUUGAGCUCAAAGUAGCAGAAAUGUUCGAUUUUUACCAAAGUUCAAAAGUAAACAAAUCAUGCUAAGCGUCCAAUACACGUCAACUGGUGAGUCUAAUAUUCUUUCACAAGUGCGCCGAUAAUAUUUAUACCAUUUCUACACUAAUGCAGUAGUCUGCAUAACAGUAAAUCUUAUUUUUUUGUGAGAAUAAAAAUUCAAAGUGGAAAGCAAAAGAAAUGUAAGAGGGGCCUGGGGACGUGACUAAUGAACAGAGGAAAUGUUAUUUUAGUGCCAGGAAUGUCUUUCUUGUUUAUUCUGGACCCUAUUUGGAAAUUGGCAUCUUUUGAAAUUUGUGUGAAAUUGGCAAAAUUUCUAAAUUCUGACCAUUGUAUUGGAUAGUUGAAAUCAGUAAAUUGGUGGUUUCUUGCACUCAUCGAUAGAAAAAAUGGAGUUCUAGCGAAAUAGUUAUGAUUUUUGUGGACUAGUACACUGGAACUGGCUGAAAAUAGGGCUCAAAGUGGGCAAAAUCGCCGAUGCGUAAACAUCGUCGAGACCGCUAACUUCGCGAGAGCAUAAUUCCAUAAGUUUUCCAUCAAAUUUCAUACUUUUGGUGUCAUUAUGAUCGGGAAAAAUUUCUCUGAUUUUUCAUAAGAAAAAACUUUUUUUUUUUUUUUUUUUUUUUUUGAAAUUUGGGGGACCAUGAGAACAAGUCUUUGAGAGGGCCUGUGGACCCUGAAAGGGUUAAAGUGCAGGCACUGUACUUCCCAUUUCCAGGACCCAAGUCCAGCUAUAUAAAAAUAACCGGUUUCCCUGAAUCCCUUCACUAAAUAUUACCCUGCUCACACUCCAACAGCUCGUCAGCUCCCAAAUACCAUUCGUCUCCAUUCGCUCCUAUCUAACACGCUCACGCAUGCUUGCUGGAAGUCCAAGCCUCUUGUCCACUAAACCUCCUUUACCCCCUCCCUCCAACAUUUUCAAGGACGACCCCUACCCCACCUUCCUUCCCCUACAGAUUUAUAUGCUCUCCAUGUCAUUCUACUUUGAUCCAUUCUCUCUAAAUGACCAAACCACUUAAACAACCCCUCUUCAGCCCUCUGACUAAUACUUUUAUUAACUCCACACCUCCUAAUUUCCACUCUCCGAAUUUUCCGCAAAAUAUUUACACCACACAUUGCCCUUAGACAGGACAUCUCCACUGCCUCCAACCACCUCCUCACUGCAGUAUUUACAACCCAAUCUUCACACCCAUAUAAGAGUGUUGGUACUACCAUACUUUCAUACAUUCCCUUCUUUGCCUCCAUAGAUAACGUUUUUUGUCUCCACAUAUACCUCAAUGCACCACUCAUCCUUUUUUCCUUCAUCAAUUCUAUGAUUAACCUCAUCCUUCAUAAAUCCAUCUGCUGACACGUCAACUCUCAAAUAUCUGAAAACAUUCACUUCUUCCAUACUCCUCCUCCCCAAUUUGAUAUCCAAUUUUUCUUUAUCUAAAUCAUUUGAUACCCUCAUCACCUUACUCUAUUCUAUGUUCACUUUCAACUUUCUACCUUUACACACACUCCCAAACUCGUCCACUAACCUUUGCAAUUUUUCUUUAGAAUCGCCCAUAAGCACAGUAUCAUCAGCAAAAAGUAACUGUCAAUUCCCAUUUUGUAUUUAAUUCCCCAUAAUUUAAUCCCACCCCUCUCCCGAACACCCUUGCAUUUACUUCUUUUACAACCCCAUCUAUAAAUAUAUUAAACAACCAUGGUGACAUUACACAUCCCUGUCUAAGACCUACUUUUACCGGGAAGUAGUCUCCCUCUCUUCUACACACCCUAACCUGAGCCUCACCAUCCUCAUAAAAACUCUUUAUGGCAUUUAGUAACUUAUCACAUAUUCCAUAUGUACUUGCAACAUCUGCCACAUGGCUCCCCUAUCCACUCUAUCCUAUGCCUUUUCUAAGUCCAUAAAUGCAAUAAAAACUUCCCUACCUUUAUCUAAAUUCUGUUCACAUAUAUGCUUCAAUGUAAACACUUGAUCUACACAUCCUCUACCCACUCUAAAAUCUCCUUGCUCAUCCGCAAUCCUACAUUCUGUCUUACCUCUAAUUCUUUCAAUAAUAACCCUACCGUACACUUUUCCUGGUAUACUCAGUAAACUUAUUCCUCUAUAAUUUUUACAAUCUCUUUUGUCCCCCUUCCCUUUAUAUAAAGAGACUAUACAUGCUCUCUGCCAAUCCCUAGGUACCUUCUCCUCUUUCAUACAUUUUUUUUUUUAUUAUUAUUAUCACACUGGCCGAUUCCCACCAAGGCAGGGUGGCCCGAAAAAGAAAAACUUUCACCAUCAUUCACUCCAUCACUGUCUUGCCAGAAGGGUGCUCUACACUACAGUUUUUAAACUGCAACAUUAACACCCCUCCUUCAGAGUGCAGGCACUGUACUUCCCAUCUCCAGGACUCAAGUCCGGCCUGCCGGUUUCCCUGAAUCCCUUCAUAAAUGUUACUUUGCUCACACUCCAACAGCACGUCAAGUAUUAAAAACCAUUUGUCUCCAUUCACUCCUAUCAAACACGCUCACGCAUGCCUGCUGGAAGUCCAAGCCCCUCGCACACAAAACCUCCUUUACCCCCUCCCUCCAACAUUUCCUAGGCCGACCCCUACCCCGCCUUCCUUCCACUACAGACUGAUACACUCUCGAAGUCAUUCUGUUUCGCUCCACUCUCUACAUGUCCGAACCACCUCAACAACCCUUCCUCAGCCCUCUGGACAACAGUUUUGGUAAUCCCACACCUCCUCCUAACUUCCAAACUACGAAUUCUCUGCAUUAUAUUCACACCACACAUUGCCCUCAGACAUGACAUCUCCACUGCCUCCAGCCUUCUCCUCGCUGCAACAUUCAUCACCCACGCUUCACACCCAUAUACGAGCGUUGGUAAAACUAUACUCUCAUACAUUCCCCUCUUUGCCUCCAAGGACAAAGUUCUUUGUCUCCACAGACUCCUAAGUGCACCACUCACUCUUUUUCCCUCAUCAAUUCUAUGAUUCACCUCAUCUUUCAUAGACCCAUCCGCUGACACGUCCACUCCCAAAUAUCUGAAUACGUUCACCUCCUCCAU